AUGACACAUUCUCCUUCCCACCUCUCAGGCCUGAAGCUCACGGGAGCCCCAGUGAAGCUGACAGUGUCUCAGGGGCAGCCGGUGAAGCUCAACUGCAGCGUGGAGGGGAUGGAGGAGCCUGAGAUACAGUGGGUGAAGGACGGGGCUGUGGUCCAGAGCGUGGACCAGGUGUACAUCCCAGUCAGUGAGCAGCACUGGAUUGGCUUCCUCAGGUGCAGGACUGUGGGGGAAGAGCUGCCCCCCUUGACCCUGGGAGACCUGGUGUCCUGUUUCCACAGCCUGAAGUCAGUGGAGCGCUCUGAUGCGGGCCAGUACUGGUGCCAGGUGGAGGAUGGGGGCGAAACCGAGACCUCCCAGCCAGUGUGGCUCACGGUAGAAGGUGUGCCAUUUUUCACUGUGGAGCCAAAAGAUCUGGCAGUGCCACCCAAUGCCCCUUUCCAACUGUUUUGUGAGGCCGUGGGUCCCCCAGAACCUGUUACCAUUGUCUGGUGGAGAGGAGGCACGAAGGUUGGGGGACCUGCUCCCUCUCCUUCCGUUUUAAAUGUAACAGGGGUGACCCAGAGUACUGUGUUCUCCUGUGAAGCUCACAACGUAAAAGGCCUGGCCUCUUCUCGCCCAGCCACUGUUCGUCUUCAAGCACUGCCUGCAGCCCCCUUCAACAUCACAGUGACGAAGCUCUCCAGCAGCAAUGCUAGCGUGGCCUGGACGCCAGGUGCCGAUGGCCAAGCCCUGCUCCAAUCCUGUACAGUCCAGGUGACUCAGGCCCCAGGAGGCUGGGAGGUCUUGGCUGUUGUGGUCCCUGUGCCACCUUUUACUUGCCUGCUCCGGGACCUGGCACCUGCCACCAACUAUAGCCUCAGGGUUCGCUGUGCCAAUGCCUUGGGGCCUUCUCCAUAUGCUGACUGGGUGCCCUUUCGGACAAAGGGUCUAGCCCCAGCCAUUGCUCCCCAGAACCUCCGUGCCAUCCACACAGACUCAGGCCUCAUCCUGGAGUGGGAAGAAGUGAUCCCCGAAAGUCCUUUAGAAGGCCCUCUGGGACCCUAUAAACUGUCCUGGGUUCAAGACAACGGAACCCAGGGUGAGCUGACAGUGGAGGGGACCAGGACCAACCUGACGGGCUGGGAUCCCCAGAAGGACCUGAUUGUGCGUGUGUGUGUCUCCAGUGCAGUUGGCUGUGGGCCCUGGAGUCAGCCGCUGGUGGUCUCUUCUCAUGACCAUGCAGGCCAGCAGGGUGCUCCCCACAGCCGCACGUCCUGGGUGCCUGUGGUCCUGGGUGUGCUGACAGCCCUGGUGACGGCUGCUGCCCUGGCCCUCAUCCUGCUUCGAAAGAGACGGAAGGAGACACGGUUUGGGCAAGCCUUUGACAGUGUCAUGGCCCGGGGGGAGCCGGCAGUUCAUUUCCGGGCAGCACGAUCCUUCAAUCGGGAAAGGCCCGAGCGCAUCGAGGCCACACUGGACAGCUUGGGCAUCAGUGAUGAGCUGAAGGACAAACUGGAGGAUGUACUCAUCCCAGAGCAGCAGUUCACCCUGGGCCGGAUGUUGGGCAAAGGAGAGUUUGGUUCAGUGAGGGAGGCCCAGUUGAAGCAGGAGGAUGGCUCCUUUGUGAAAGUGGCUGUAAAGAUGCUGAAAGCUGACAUCAUUGCCUCAAGCGACAUUGAAGAGUUCCUCAGGGAAGCGGCUUGCAUGAAGGAGUUUGACCACCCACACGUGGCCAAGCUUGUUGGGGUGAGCCUCCGGAGCAGGGCCAAAGGCCGUCUCCCCAUCCCCAUGGUCAUCCUGCCUUUCAUGAAGCACGGGGACCUGCACGCCUUCCUGCUCGCCUCCCGGAUUGGGGAGAACCCCUUUAACCUGCCCCUGCAGACCCUGGUUCGGUUCAUGGUGGACAUUGCCUGUGGCAUGGAGUACCUGAGCUCCCGGAACUUUAUCCACCGAGACCUGGCUGCUCGGAACUGCAUGCUGGCAGAAGACAUGACGGUGUGCGUGGCUGACUUUGGACUCUCCCGGAAGAUCUAUAGUGGGGACUACUAUCGUCAGGGCUGUGCCUCCAAACUGCCCGUCAAGUGGCUGGCCCUGGAGAGCCUGGCUGACAACUUGUAUACCGUGCACAGUGACGUGUGGGCCUUCGGGGUGACCAUGUGGGAGAUCAUGACUCGUGGGCAGACGCCGUAUGCUGGCAUUGAGAACGCUGAGAUCUACAACUACCUCAUCGGCGGGAACCGCCUGAAACAGCCUCCGGACUGUAUGGAGGACAUGUAUGAGCUCAUGUACCAGUGCUGGAGCGCCGACCCCAAGCAGCGCCCGAGCUUCACAUGUCUGCGAAUGGAGCUGGAGAAUGUCCUGGGCCGCCUGUCUGUGCUAUCCGCCAGCCAGGACCCCUUGUAUAUCAACCUUGAGGGAGCCCAGGAAUCUGCCGAGGGAGGCAACCUGGAGCUGCCUGGCGGGGACCCGGCCAGCAGCGGGGCUGGAGAUGGCAGUGGCCUGGGGGCCGUGGGGGGCACCCCUAGUGACUGUCGGUACAUCCUCAGCCCUGGGGGGCUGGCUGAGCGGCCUGAGCAGGAGGAGCAGCAGCCAGACAGCCCCGUCAAUGAGUCCCAGAGGCUGCUGCUGCUGCAGCAAGGGCUACUACCCACAGUAGCUGUUAGCCCACAGCAGAGGGCCUCUGGGGCCAUGCGGCUGGCUCUGCUGGCCACUGUGCUGGCUGACGAAGCCCUGUGUGACCCCAGCCCAGGCAGCAAGGUGUGGAGGCUCCUGUGGUAG